AUGAAUAAAGCAAUAAGUCUUCGUCAAAUUCCACAACGCAUUUUCUCAAUAUUUACACGAACUUUUUCAAGUAUUCCGGAUACUCCUGUUGAAGAACCAGCACGUGAUCCUAAUGCACCAACACGUGAUAAUACGAAUGAUGGCGAUCAAUCACCAAAACCAAAUCGAGAAAAUUCAAAUAACAACAAUCAAGAUCCUAAUCAAUUACCAAAAUCACCCAAAAAAGAUCGAUAG